AUGAUGUCACGGUGCACCAUUCACUCGUUGGCAGGUCUGAUGAUUACGGGGCUCAUCGCCUCGGCAUCAGCCGCAAGCACAGCCGACUGGAAACCUAGAUCAAUAUACCAGACCAUGACAGAUCGUUUCGCUCGCACAGACGGAUCGACAACAGCACCCUGCAACACCACAGCAGGCCUUUACUGUGGGGGGACAUGGCGAGGAACUAUUGACAAACUCGACUACAUUCAAGGAAUGGGAUUCGAUGCUGUGAUGAUCUCUCCAAUCAUCGAGAAUAUCCAUGGCCGAGUCGAGUAUGGCGAAGCCUACCACGGGUACUGGCCGUUAAACCUCAACAAUCUCAACUCUCAUUUUGGCACGCAUCAAGAUUUGCUUGACCUCAGUGCCGCUGUCCACUCCAGGGGCAUGUACUUGAUGAUGGAUACAGUGAUCAAUAACAUGGCCUACAUCACGAAUGGCAGCGAUCCCGCCACACAUAUCGACUACUCAACCUUGACACCCUUCAAUAAUGCUGACUAUUUCCAUCCAUACUGCAACAUUACAGACUGGAAUGACAUGAAAGAUGCGCAAGAGUGCCAGACGGGAGAUGAUACAGUGCCACUACCUGAUCUUUUCACCGAGCACGAAGAUGUCCAGCAACUCUUGAUCAAAUGGGCGAAAAACGCCAUCAAAACAUAUUCUAUUGACGGGCUCCGGAUUGAUGCCGCCAAGCACGUCAACCCGGGCUUUCUAAAAACGUUUGCUGAGGGUCUCGACAACAUUUUCAUGACAGGUGAAGUCCUUGAGGGGGCAGUCAGCAUCAUGUCCGACUACCAGAGCAAUUACAUUGCGAGUUUACCCAACUAUCCGAUCUAUUUCCAAAUCCUGCAGGCUUUCACAAAUGGCACUACGUCCGUCUUGGCGAAGACAGUGGAGGAAAUGAGGAUGCAGCUCCCAGAUGUCAAUGCCAUGGCCUCCUUCUCUGAAAAUCAUGACAAGGCUCGAAUUGCUAGCUAUACCAAGGACAUGGCGGCGAGCAAAAACGUACUGGUGUUUACCAUGUUGUUUGAUGGAAUCCCAAUGAUAUAUCAAGGCCAAGAACAACAUCUGGCCGGAAACUCGGUGCCCAAAAACCGAGAAGCCAUCUGGCUCACCAAAUACGACACAGAUGCAGAGCUCUACAAGCUGAUCGCAAAACUGAAUCGCAUCCGGAGCCACGCAGCCUUGUUAGGAGAAGAUUACUUUGAAGACUCGACCCACACGAUCUUCCAGGGAGGCAGUGAGCUUGCUUUCACGAAAGGUGUCCAGGGUCGACAAGUGGUCAUGGUCUUGUCCAGUCAAUCCUCGACCAGUCCAGCCUACAGCAUCGACUUGGCAGUCAGCUAUAACGCUGGCACAAGGGUGACAGAUGUUUUGGCCUGUAAGAAUUAUACUGUCGACAACUUAGGCACGCUGCGCGUUCCUAUGGCCCAAGGAGAGCCCCGAGUCUUCUUCCCUACGAACUUUUUGGACGGUAGUGGUCUUUGUGGUCACUCAUCUGGGAACAUUUCGCUUGCUCAGUUGAAAACUCACAGUGGCUUCACGUCGGCUGGCGUCCAAUUAAUAAGUAGCACCGGUCUAGCCACCUUCUUGCUAGCAGUCGCGACAAGCUUCAUUGCCCUUCUUUAG